GAGGAAGACGCUCAGAGGAUUCUGACAGUAUCUUUGUUGAAAAAAAGGCAACGUGCUCUUAAAAUAGAAAACACAGCUCCUUCGGCUGCAUUUCUCUCCUACCUGCGAAUUUCACACAGUUCAACAAAAUGUGCAAAGGACUCGCAGGUCUGCCGGCUUCCUGCCUGAAGAGUGCAAAAGAUAUGAAACAUCGACUAGGUUUUCUACUGCAGAAAUCUGAUUCCUGUGAACAUAAUUCUUCCCAUAGCAAGAAGGACAAAGCGGUUAUUUGCCAGAGAGUAAGCCAAGAGGAAAUCAAGAAGUGGGCUGAAUCAUUGGAAAACCUGAUUAGCCAUGAAUGUGGGCUGGCAGCUUUUAAAGCUUUCUUAAAAUCUGAAUACAGCGAGGAGAAUAUUGACUUCUGGAUCAGUUGUGAAGAAUACAAGAAAAUCAAGUCACCCUCUAAACUAAGUCCCAAAGCCAAAAAGAUAUAUAAUGAAUUCAUCUCAGUCCAAGCAACUAAGGAGGUGAACCUAGAUUCUUGCACCAGGGAGGAGACAAGCCGGAAUAUUCUGGAGCCUACAAUUACCUGCUUUGAUGAGGCCCAAAAGAAGAUUUUCCACCUGAUGGAAAAGGAUUCUUACCGUCGCUUCCUCAAGUCUCGAUUCUACCUUGAUUUGGCCAUUCCUUCCAGCUGUGGGGCAGAGAAGCAGAAAAGAGCAAAGCGUGCAGCAGAUUGUAUAUCCCCGCUUCCCCAGUGUGCUUAAGUCUUUCCUGGAGGCAGAGUGCCAAAAUGCCAAGACUCUAUGCUCUGGAAAAUCUGAGGCCAAAUACUGAUCGGUAUUAUGCACAGUGCUUUAUCCACAUUGUAGCCUAGUGUUCAUGCUGCCUGCCAUGUGGGAACCACUUCUAUGUAAAAGCUAAAUUUAAUCAUGGGGUUUGGAUGUUCAGCAGGGUGGGACCUCAUUCCAGUCCAGUUUCUCCAAGUGUCUUUAGGCUGUCAUGGGAGCAAGCAUCCAGAUAAUGGCCUUGCCUGUCGGUCUGUAUUAUCAAAGAUUGUUGGCAGUGCCCUCCUCCCAGCCACAUGAUCUCAGGUUGGCUGGUUGGUACACUUCUUGUGACAUCCACAUGAACAUGUUUUCUGUCAUCCGUAACUUCCUCCAGAUUCCCUGUGCUUAGGUGAGGUUGAUCUGUUAUAUACAAGUGUGUGCAUGUGUGUAUAUUAAAUAUAUAUGUACAUGUACAUUCUGUAUAUAUUUAUGUGUUUAUGUAUUCAGAUCUCUGUGUAUUCUGCAAGAGUUGAUGGAAAAGAUCCCAGGUGCUCAAAUUAUACUGUGUAUGCAGGUUCUGAUCUUUGAACUGCCUUUGAAUAGAGGAAGGUGAGCUAAUUGUCAUGCAGACUGAGAGAAGAAUGCUAACUGUGGAAAGUUAGUUCUGAAAAAUCCUUGUGUGUUUCUGCAGAUUAAUCCAGGGGACUUCGUGUUUAAUUUACCACAGAUGGUCGCCACCUUGAGCACGAGUCUAAGGAGCAGAUACCAUAGAGCAUUAUAUAUCCUGCUAGCACAGAGCUGUGUUGCACCAGUAAUCACUAAUGGCACUUUUGAAUCCUGAGCUGAUGGCUGUCCUUUCUUUGCCUGGGUGCUCAGGCCAUGCUUAUUGGUGACUGGGUUGGUCUGCAGCUUGGAGAUAGGAUUCUUGAGCUGCAUGAGGAAAUGUAAGCAAAGUCUUGCUAGCUAAGCCCUACCAUAAGUUACAUGCUAAGUGAGGGCAAAGAAUUUAAAGGUUAUUAUUUUUAUCCUCUGUCCUUUUUCCCUCAAUUGAUCAAGGUGCUCUCUUUCCCCUCCUGAGAAACUUAGCCAUCAGAUGAGCCUCCUUAGUUCAUUGUGGCUGGUUGUUUCACCCCAUUACAGUUCUAGGCUAAGGCCCUACAUUUAUAAGCCUAAAGCAGGAAAAGGGUUAUAUUUCUCACAAAUUGAAAAGCCCUCCUAAGUUUUCUCCUAAGUCAAAAUCAUGUUUAUUCUAUCCAAAACAUCAGAAAUAGCAGAGAAUACAUCUAUUUCUUCCUAGGCUCUGAGAUUAAAGAGAAGAAAGGAAAGGAACACGAAAAGAAAAAAAAGGAUAAUAAUGGUUAGAACUACUGUUUGAAACUUUUCAAGGCACAUAAAAUACUUGAAAAUUUCUUGUUUAUGUUAUUUAUGAUGUUUUUACAAUGUUUUUAAAAUUAUAGUAUUGUUUUAUAAGUGAAAGUACAGGAUCUUACCUGAAUUACUAAUGAUGCCUAGGAAGUAAUUUUCUUCUCAUUCUUUUAAAACUAUCUCCUUUCUAAGUGUGGACACACCUGCACACCUCUCCCACACACACAUUGCAUCCAUUGCUCCAAUUUAAUUUACAUGUGUUGCACCUUUGUGGCUUUUAAGCCAAGUACUGGGCUGUAAAAUGAAGACUCUAUGGUGUGUGUAUACAAAUCCCAUUGUGUAAAAAUGUAGGUUUUCUAAGCCUUCUUAUCUUUCUGGAAGUUUUGCUCUUAGUGUCCCAGAGUUCCUUGUCAGUGUCCAUUUUUUCUAUAUACAGUUCCACAUCCUGUCUGUAGCCAACUCCAGGACCCAAAUGUAUAACUUCUUGGUCUUGCCCUAUGAAAAUACAUUUUGACGUUCAGAUUGUACCUGUACUCAGAGACCGCUGUCUCAUAAAUAGGUCUGGAAGGCCUUUCUGAAUGAGAAGUAAAUUAUUUUAUGAAAUACAAUUUUUGAGUGUGUUUUUCAAUGGUAUUUUCUUGUGACUUCAUCACCAUUUGAUAUGGUGAGUUUGCCUGUCCAUGGUCUGUGGACAGAAUAGCCCCUCGAUAUGCAUGCUUCUAUCAUCUGCUUUGUAGGCCUCAAAGAUAAUGCUGCCAGUGAACACACCUAUCUUAAUCAUGAGCAUUAAUAAAUGCUUCA